CAACCGAUCAAUCCCUCUGCGCGCGCGCGCAAAACGAAUAUCGAAACAAACACAUACAUUGGAACAACAAAGUGACGGAUCGAUCUUGUACCUAACGACACCCACCCAAAUCAACGAGCAUCUCGGACAAGCACCAUGACAGAGGGACUUUCCCCCGCAGACGAGGCAGAGGCGCGCGCCCUCGAGCAGGCUCGCAUUCGCAAGGAGCGACGCGAGGCUAAGAUCAGGGCCAAUGCCGGAAAUCGUCUAAACAAGAUCACUGGAUUGGGAGGCGGUGUUGAAAGAGACCCUCCUCCUACGCAGCCAGCCAGCAGCAGCAGCAGCAACGAUGACAAGACAUCGCCAGUCCCGACCUCCAGCUCCGCACCCCGAGUUCACGCCGACCCCGAAGAGGUCGACAUCUCCACCUCUGAACACUUCUACCAACCAAACACCACCCCAAGAGUUCCCAAGCUGCCACAGCCUACACAAGGUCCUUCUCCCUUUGACCCGAACGACCUCUCCGAAGAGAGCCUGCGCCAGAUGAUGCUCGGCCGCGAAUCCCCCAUGGUUCCAGGUGCCGCCGGCGGCGACCCCUUUGCCAGCCUACUGGGAGCGGGGCCGGGCGGUCCGGGCGGUCCGGGCGCUGAGGACCCGAUGAUGCAAAUGAUGCUCAACAUGCUUGGCGGAGGUGGAGCUCCCGGUUCCGGUGCCGGUGGUAUGCCACCUUUUCCAGGAGGAGGGUUCCCCGGCAUGCCCGGUAUGGGCGGCAUGAUGCCUCCUGGAAUGGGCAUGGGCCAGCAAGGAGUCCCGCCGGCCAUGGCCGUUCCCGACCGGUACUCCUCCCUGUGGCGCCUGCUGCACACAGCCGUGGCGCUCGGUCUCGGUCUCUACAUUGCGCUGUGGACUUCGUUCAGCGGCAGCAAGGUCGACAGGGACAGCAAGAACAUCCUUACUGGCAACAACCAUCACCACGUGGGCGCGGGGGACCAGGUGGCUGUGGGCUUCGAUACGGAUUCGGCGAGACGGUUUUUCUACGUGUUUGCUACGGCUGAGGCGCUGCUGCUGACGACGCGCUUCUUUCUGGAAAAGGGUUUGGCAAAGAGUCCCGUGGGCGGCGCUUUUGGUGGUGGUAUGUUGGGUAUGGCUGUGGGUUUCUUGCCGCAGCCGUGGAAGGGCUAUUUGGAGAUUGCGAUGAGGUAUGGACAGAUAUUCAGCACGGUCAAGGCGGAUAUUCUCGUUUGUAUCUUUGUGCUUGGGGUUUGCUCAUGGUGGAGGUCGUAGUUCCCUACCACAGAGGGAGAAGAUGGCUGAGAAUGUUUACUGCAACGGCUUACGGGCGUAAUGAAUGGGUCAGAAAGGGGGUAACUGAGCACGCUUUUAAUGGCAUGGAAUAUUGUAAUGAAAACAAAAGGAACAUGAGUGUACGCCGUCACGACAUGAGUGUCCCAUCGCAUUUAUCUAAUUGAAAUGACAUGGCCUUGAGCUUGAAGAUAGCUGGCAAGACACUUCUCAAUUUCUCA